GGCGGGGCCUAACUGUGAGUUGUACCCAUAGGUUGUACCUCAGAACGAACUCUGACUAACGGGAGCGGCGAUACACUUUUUUGUUUUUUACAAUUAUUAGAGUAAGAAAGAGUUAUUGACAGUAAUUAGUAACAUGGGGAUUCGAGCAAGCCGGGACGACUACGAAUGGGUGUACUCAGAUCAGCCACACGCCGACAGGAGGAAGGAGAUCCUGGGUGACAGGUAUGUUAUGAGCGGAGGUCACUGGAGAGUUUUCAUCCACACCAAGCAGCUAAAUAUCCAGAAAUCAAGUCUCUGAUGGGUCCAGACCAGAGGCUGAAGUGGAUUGUCUGCAUGAUGGUGGUGGUGCAGUUCCUGGCCUUCUACCUGGUCAAAGACUUGGAUUGGAAAUGGGUUUUGUUCUGGGCGUAUGCGUUUGGCAGCUGUGUCAACCACUCCAUGACCCUUGCUAUUCAUGAGAUCUCACACAACACUGCCUUUGGGAACAACAAGGCCACGUGGAAUCGCUACUUUGCCAUGUUUGCCAACCUGCCUGUGGGCUUACCUUACUCAGCCUUCUUCAAACGUUAUCACCUUGACCAUCACCGGUACUUAGGUGGAGACGGUGUUGACGUUGACAUCCCUACAGAGUUUGAAGGCUGGUUCUUCUGCACACGUGUUCGCAAGUUCAUCUGGAUUGUUCUGCAGCCAUUGUUCUAUGCUGUACGCCCCCUCUGCAUAAACCCCAAACCAAUUAGUCAGCUGGAGGUGACCAAUAUGGCCCUGCAGGUUAUCUUUGACAUUGUGCUACUAUGGAUCUGGGGGGCCAAACCUGUAGUUUACAUGUUGGCUGGCUCUAUGCUGGGAAUGGGCUUGCAUCCCAUCUCUGGCCAUUUUAUCGCUGAACACUAUAUGUUCCUGAAGGGCCAUGAAACCUACUCCUACUACGGCUGUCUCAACCUGCUUACCUUCAAUGUGGGCUACCACAACGAACACCAUGACUUCCCCAGCAUCCCAGGACGAAGGCUACCCAUGGUGAAGCAAAUAGCAGCAGAAUAUUACGACGACCUGCCUCAGUACAGCUCCUGGUCCAGGGUCCUGUAUGACUUCAUCAUGGAUGACACGUUGAGCCCAUACUCCCGCAUCAAGAGAAAGUUAAAGGGAGAAGUUAAAGAAGAGUAAUUUUGUUCAGCCUCCUGGUACCAACACUGCUGGACUCGACCACAGUCCUGCUUACCCCUCUAACAGUUGAAAGUUUCUGCAAAUGUUCAGCUACUAAAAUUAUUCAGAUGGUGGAAUGAUAGAGAGAUCAGCAGUCUAGACCAGGGAACUCUGGAUCUCUAUGUACAUACAGUAGCAUGUUUUUGUUAUUUCUCUGCUCCAACAAUUCUGAUUGUAUAACCUGAAUUCUGCUAAUCACCUACUGAUUAAAAUCAGGUGUGUUGGAACAGGGAAACAACAAAAACAUGCAGGACUUCCAUUACUGCAGGCCUUCAAAGGACCAGGAUUCCCCACCCUGGUCUAGACAAAGUCAGGGAGGACGUCAGAGAAAUCCGUAGCAUUCACGAGUUACUGUUCUUUCAGCUUAAAUAGUGAUAAACUUGUGAAAUGUCAGAUUAUUUUUGUCAGCUGUAACCCAAAUUCCACAACCAAAUUAUAAUUUUGUUUGAGAGGAAACAUGUCUUUAUUUAACAAAUGAUGGCUUUUAACAAAUGUGCUUGGAAAUUACUGCCUAUGUUAGCACAUGUUGGUGUUUGGCUUGUUCACUGCUUUUAUUCACCAUUGUAAACUCAGAAGGAAGUAAAGGUAACAGGACCACAGGCA